GGUGCGAAGUGUACACAAGUUUACGUUUUGUUCGCAAGUGUUUUGGUGCAAUUUCUUCGCGAAAUACUUGUCUCAGAAGCUCCCGUCCGCGUGUGUAGCUGAGUGAGGUACCGCGGGCCAUCCGUAGUAGUUAAUUUUGACGUCAAACAACGUAAACUGUGUGGGUAAGCAGCUUGAGAAGUUCCUGCAGGGGCGCGCUGCUCUGUUCAGUCGGUAUUGCGAGUUCUAAUCGCGAGCACAUCGCCUCCCACACGUGAAGGAGUUUUGAUUCCUGCCGCCCCCGGAACAGUGAUACAAAAGUGUGUGCCUUGGGAAGAAGUUCUGAAUUCCGUUUGUACAUCCAAUUGAAAGAACGGUGGACAAAAUGGCUUUGACUCUGUGUGGCAGUAAGGUGUUCACCGCCUUCCGGAUAAACCAGCGAACCCUGGAGAUCACCAAGGUGCUCGCCUGUCGCUACUCGACAACGAAACGAUGCGGCAAGAUUUUCGAAUCCGCCGAGGAAGCCGUUGCUGACAUUCCGGACGGAGCCAAGCUGCUGGUGGGCGGCUUCGGGCUCUGCGGCGUCCCGGAGAACCUGAUCGGGGCCUGCGUCAAGAAGGGCAUCAAGGAUCUGACCGUGGUGUCCAACAAUGCCGGCGGUGGUAUCGACACAUUCGGACUGGGGUUGUUCCUGCAGAAGCGCAUGAUCAAACGUAUGAUCGCUUCGUACGUCGGUGAGAAUGCCGAAUUCGAACGUCAGUACCUGACCGGUGAGCUGGAGCUGGAACUCACUCCCCAGGGAACUCUGGCGGAAAGAAUCCGCGCCGGCGGUGCCGGUGUGCCAGCCUUCUUCACACCCACGGCCUUCGGAACCCUGGUGCACGAGGGAGGUGCUCCGAUCAAGUACGGUAAGGAUGGAACCGUUGAAAUUGCCAGCCAACCGCGGCAUAUGCAGAUGUUCAACGGAAAGCCAUACAUAAUGGAGGAAGCUAUCACUGGGGACUUCGCUCUGAUCAAGGCGCACAUUGCCGACGAGGCCGGCAAUUUGAUUUUCAACAAAUCGGCGCGAAACUUCAACCCAACUAUGUGCAAGGCAGCCAAAACUACCAUUGUUGAGGUGGAGAAGAUUGUUCCGGUCGGUACUCUGGAUCCGGAUCAGGUUCAUAUGCCGAGUGUGUUCGUACACCGUAUCAUCAAGGGAGCCAAGUACGAGAAACCAAUCGAGCGGUUACGAAUUCGUGAACCAAAGAAAGUGGCCUCUGUUGUGGCGUCCACUCCAGCAGCGAAACAGCGCGAACGCAUCGUGAAGCGUGUUGCCCUGGAGUACAAGGAUGGCAUGCACAUCAAUUUGGGAAUCGGUAUUCCAGUGCUGUCGUCCAACUACAUCAAGGGAAUCAACGUUCUGCUACAGUCCGAGAACGGUAUUCUGGGACUGGGGCCGUUCCCUGAAAAACACGAAGUCGAUCCUGACCUGAUCAACGCCGGUAAGGAGAGCGUCACCGUUGUGCCUGGAGCUUCCUACUUCUCGUCGGACGACAGUUUCGCCAUGAUCCGCGGAGGACAUAUCGAUAUUACUGUCCUCGGUGCCAUGCAGGUAUCGCAGUUCGGAGACCUGGCCAACUGGAUGAUUCCCGGUCGUUUGGUGAAGGGCAUGGGAGGAGCUAUGGAUCUGGUGGCCGCCCCCGACACCAAGUGCAUCGUGACAAUGGAACACACCGCCAAGGACGGUUCGCAUAAAAUUCUCACCGACUGUACGCUCCCGGUGACGGGUAAGAACUGCGUCGACAUGAUCAUCACCGAGAAGGCCGUCUUCGACGUGGACCAGGAACGGGGCUUGAUCCUGAAGGAAAUCGCCGACGGUGUCAGCGUUGAGGAAGUCAUCACCAGCACGGGGUGUAACUUUGAAGUGUCGCCCGAUUUGAAGCCAAUGGGACAGGUCGAAGAAUAAGGUCAGAGAUCGUGAGUGUUUUGUGUGUCUGUUUUUUAUGGAAUGAUAUUCUAUAUACACGAUAGCUGUUUGAUGGUAUCUCAAAAAGGAAGUAAUCGCGCCUAGAUUACAAAUAUAUUUAGGGACUCAGGAAAAAGCAUUUGUUUCUUUGAACGGUGUCGUCUACCUGUUGCUUUGGUUGCCACACAAAGAUUAUUAUAGUACUAGGGUGUAACACGGAGUGUUUAAAACUCAUUUCUGCUGUUGCAAUUGUUAAGUUAUCCGUACAGCCGAAUUGAACAUAGUCUCUUUUUAAUACACAGUAUGCUAAACGCUAAA